AGUAAGCCCACAGCAGAGCUCAGAGCAGCCUCCCUCCUCUGUCAGUGGAGGACGUCCACUUAAAUGCAGUUCCAGGGUUGCAGGGCACCCAGCCGCAUCACUCCCCGUGUGAGCAGGCAAAUGCAACAUGCUCUCCAGCCUGGGGUGUCUACUUCUCUGUGGAAGUAUUGCACUUGCUCUGGGAAAUGCACAGAAAUUGCCAAAAGGUAAAAAGCCAAGCCUGAAAGUGCACAUCAAUACCACCAGCGACUCCGUCCUCUUGAAGUUCCUGCGUCCAAAUCCGAACGUAAAGCUGGAAGGAUUCCUCCUGGGAUAUGGCAGCAACGUGUCUCCAAACCAGUAUUUCCCUCUUCCCACAGAAGGAAAAUUCACGGAGGCUGUGGUUGAUGCAGAGCCGAAGUAUCUGAUAGUCGUGCGACCUGCUCCUCCUCCCAGCCAGAAGAAGUCGUGCUCAGGUAAAUCUCGCACUCGCAAACCCCUCCAGCUGGUGGUGGGCACGUUGACACCGAGCUCCGUCUUCCUGUCCUGGGGGUUCCUCAUCAACCCCCACCAUGACUGGACAUUGCCAAGUCACUGUUCCAGUGACAGAUUUUAUACAAUUCGAUAUAGAGAAAAAGAUAAAGAAAAGAAAUGGAUUUUUCAACUCUGCCCAGCUACUGAAACAAUUGUGGAAAAUCUAAAGCCCAACACAGUUUAUGAAUUUGGUGUGAAAGACAAUAUAGAAGGUGGAAUAUGGAGUAAGAUUUUCAAUCAUAAGACUAUUGUUGGAAGUAAAAACAAAGUAAAUGGGAAAAUCCAAAGCACUUAUGAUCAGGUCCACUCAGUGCCAGCAUAUGUCCCACGGAAGCUAAUUCCAAUAACAAUCAUCAAGCAAGUGAUUCAGAAUGUUACCCACAGGGCUUCAACCAAGUCCCCAGACAAGAUUCCUUUUGGAGGAACAAUAUUGGUUCAUCUUAUUAUUCCUGGUCUUAACGAUUCCACUGUAAAACUUCCCUCAUCCAUAAUGCUUGAGAUUUCGGAUGCUCUCAAGGCACAAUUAGCUAAGAAUGAAACAUUGGCUUUACCAGCAGAAUCUAAAACGCCGGAGGUUGAAAAAGUGGCAGGGCAGCCAGUAACAGUGACUCCGGAAACAGUUUCAAGAAGCACUAAGCCCACCCUGGCUAGUGCUUUAGACACUGCAGAGACAGCACUGGUCCUCAGUGAGAAGACACCAGAAACAGCACAAUCUGUUCUAAUCCCUGAGUCUGAAUUGCUUUUGAGCUCUUUAGCUCCAAAAGGGUCCCCAGAGUUUCCUGAGGCGAAAACAGCCUUCCCAUCCGAGAAACCUGGGGGUUCCCUGGCUUCAAGUGAAGAGCCAUGGGUGGUACCUGGAGCUAAAACAUCUGAAGAUUCCAGAGUUGUGCAGCCUCGAACUGCAACUUACGAUGUUGUCUCAAGCUCAGCAACUUCUGAUGAGACUGAAGUAGAGCCCCACACAGCAACAAGUGAUCCUAUUCUGGACUCUGUCCCACCUAAAACUUCUAGAACUGCUGAACAGCCAAGGGCAACACUGGCUCCAAGUGAAGCAUCGUUUGAUCCCCGAACCGUGGAAAUCUUCACCAGUCCUGAAGUACGACCUACGACAGCUGCUCCCCAGCAAACUACAUCUAUUCCUUCCACACCCAAACGACAGUCAACUCCCAAACCGCCAAGAGUCAAACCUGCCCCAGAACCCGAGACUCGACCAUCUGCACAGUCAACAAAGGCUCCACCACACAAGACCAAAAAGCCAGGUCGCCGCCGUCCUAAAACCACCCGUAGUCCAGAAGUACCCAAGUCCAAGCCUGCUCUGGAACCCGCUACUGUACCACCAGAGAUCUUGGUACCCACAAUUGUUCCCAAACCACCCCAGAGACCUAAAGCCACACGCAGGCCAGAGGCACCCCAAAUCCAGCCUGCUCAUGAGCCGGUCACAUUUGGAAGCGAAGCCCCUGCCCUAGCCAUAGUUACUACUACAGACAUUGCACCUGUAAUUUCGAGAACCAAGGCAUCAGUGACAACAUUAGCUCCAAAAUCGUCAAGACCAAGAACUCGUCAACGUCCCAAAUACAAAGCCACCCCCAGCCCAAAGAUACCUCAGACUAAACCAGCAGACUUGGGACCUAUCACUGCUGAGCCAUCUUUAGCUUCAACAACAAAAAAAGUCCGCCGUCCACGUCCCAAACCUAAAACCACACCCCACCCAGAAGUACCUCAGACAAUUUUGGUUCCUGCUACAAGCCUUGAACCAGUUAUUAGAACUGAGACUCCAGGGACAACAUUAGUUCCCAAACUGUCUCAACAACCAGACUUUCCACAUCCCAAACCUAAAACCACAAGGAGCCCUGCAGCACCUCCGACAGAACUGGUUUCUACUACAGUCUUUGAACCAGUUAUUCCCUUAAAAGAGGAUCCGGUGACCACAAUAGUUCCUUUUACAGACCUUGAACCUGCUACAGACCUUGAAACACCUGUUGCUUUUAGAACCGAGGCCCCCAGGACAACGCUAGCUAGCAAAAAAUCACAAAGAACCCGCCGUCCACGACCAAGACCACCUAAAGCCACAUUGAGCCCUCAAGCACCUAAAACAAAAACUGUUCCUGCUGUAGUCCUGGAACCUGUCACUCUUAGACCUGAGGUCCAAGUAACAACACUAGCUCCUAAAAAAACACAGAUAAAACAUCGUCCACGUCCCAAACCAAAGCCUAUACCAAGUCCUGAAGUAGCCGAGUCCAAGCCAGUUCCCACAAAAGAGCGUGAACCUGUGACACUCAGAACUGAGAGUUGGGUGACAACAAAAGCUCCUAAAACACCAAAACGAACCCAUCGUGUGCGCCCCAAACCUAAAACCACAACUCCUGAGGCUCCUCUAACUAAACCUGUUGCUGCUACAGAUCUUGAAUCCAGUGCUCUUAGCACCGAAGUGCCUACAACCGUGGUUCUUACUACAGCCCUUGUACCUGCCACUCUUAGAACCAAGUCUCCCAAGACAACAUUAGCUCCUAGUGUACAGCGGACACGCCGUCCACGUCCCAGACCUAAAACCACAGCAAGAACUGACGUGUCUGAGUCCAAGUCGGUUUCUGAUGACCUGGAAUUGGUUGCGUUUAGUACUGAGUCACCACAGAAGACAAUCGCUCCCAGGCAGACAACCAGCCCGCCUCCCAAGCUCAAACCACCACACUCAAGAAGGCCAGCAAAAGAGCAAGUCCCUAAGGGAUCCCUGCAUACUACUUCAAAGCCAAAAAUGCCACCAAGUCCUGAAGUGGUAGACAUUACAUCUGUUCCAAAAGAUGAACAACUUUCCCAUAAACCAGAUCCUGAGGUCUCUCAAAGUGAAACUGUUCUGCCUCCUGUCACCUUUAGAGUUGAGCCACCAAAGACAACAAUAGUGCCUUUAGAGACACGGGACAUUCCUCUCAUACCUGUGAUUUCACCAAGACCUAGUGAAGAGGAACUACAAACCACCAUGGAACAAACAGACCAGUCUACCCAAGAGCUCUUCACAACUAAGAUUCCACGAACAACUGAACUGGCAAAGACAACUCAGGCACCACACAGAUUACACACAACUCCUGUGAGGCCCAGAAUACCUGAAAGGCCACAUGGCAGGCCUGCCCUGAACAAAACAACUACAAGACCUGAUAGAACCAAAUCCAGAGGGAUGUCCCAUAAAAAUGGAGUAGGACCAGGAACCAAGCAGACACCUAAGCCAUCAAGCACUGGGAGAAAUACGUCAGUAGACUCACAUGCCACAAGAAAACCAGGCUUAAUCCCAGGAACACGUCAUAGACAUACGUCCCCAAGACCUGUGCCUCCACAGAGAAAGCCUUUACCACCGAAUAAUGUCACCGGAAAGCCAGGGAGCGCAGGAAUCAUUUCCUCCAGUCGGGCAACUUCCCCACCCCUGAAGGCAACACUCAAACCCACUGGAACAGCCACAGAGAGACCAGGGGCAGAAAAAAAGCAACCAACUGCUCCUGCUUCAGAAGAAGAAUUUGGUAAUACAACUGACUUUAGUUCAAGUCCGACCAAAGAAACCGAUCCCCUUGGGAAGCCCAGAUUCAUAGGUCCCCAUGUGCGAUACAUCCCAAAGCCUGACAACAAGCCCUGUUCCAUCACUGACUCCGUCAGACGCUUCCCGACAGAGGAAGCCACGGAAGGGAAUGCCACCAGCCCACCACAGAACCCACCCACUAACCUCACCGUGGUCACUGUUGAAGGCUGCCCCUCAUUUGUCAUCUUGGACUGGGAGAAACCUCUAAAUGACACCGUCACUGAAUAUGAAGUCAUAUCCAGAGAAAAUGGGUCAUUCAGUGGGAAGAACAAGUCCAUUCAAAUUACAAAUCAAACGUUUUCUACAGUAGAAAAUCUGAAACCAGAUACAAGCUAUGAAUUCCAGGUGAAGCCCAAAAAUCCACUUGGCGAGGGCCCCGCCAGCAACACAGUGGCGUUUAGUACGGAAUCAGCUGACCCAAGAGUGAGUGAGCCAAUUUCUGCAGGGAGAGACGCCAUCUGGACUGAAAGACCCUUCAAUUCAGACUCUUACUCAGAAUGUAAAGGCAAGCAGUAUGUUAAAAGGACGUGGUAUAAGAAGUUUGUCGGAGUGCAGCUGUGUAACUCUCUCAGAUACAAGAUUUAUUUGAGCGACUCCCUCACAGGCAAGUUUUACAACAUAGGAGAUCAAAGGGGCCAUGGAGAAGAUCACUGCCAGUUUGUAGAUUCAUUUUUAGAUGGCCGCACAGGACAGCAACUUACCUCUGACCAGUUACCCACCAAAGAAGGUUAUUUCAGAGCUGUUCGUCAGGAACCUGUCCAAUUUGGAGAAAUAGGUGGUCAUACCCAAAUCAAUUAUGUCCAGUGGUAUGAAUGUGGGACCACAAUACCUGGGAAAUGGUAGAUGCAACAAAAUUAUUUCUAAAGAACUUCUGGUUCACUAUCGCAAAAAGAAACAGUAACAACAACAACAACAACACAAAACACCAAGAAUAGUGGUACUUGUCAUACCUAUUCAAGCCUAUUUUUGUUUACUGUGUGUAAGUUUGCAGUCUAACUGACAGCAGUACUAGAUGUUUAUUAUUAGAAAAGAUUACUGAGAAUAUUUAUCAGGUUUUACAAAGUCAUUUUUAAAAAGCAAGAUAUUAACAUUAAUAAAAUAACAUUUUAGGGAAGCUGGCUCCCUAGUCAUAUUUUAAAAGAUCAUUUGUAUAUUAUUUAUCACACUGUUGUAAUGUUUUCAGAUACUUUUAUAACAAAAUUGUCAAAAAUCUUUAAUAAUCUUUAUAAAAAGUAUUUACUUUAUUGAUGUGUACGUGUUGUUGGUGAAUUAAUUCCACAAACCUCUUCUUGGUUUAACUUAUUGGAUCAAAUAAUCUUCAGCAUAUACAUUUGACAGAAAGUAGUUCAAAUACGUUGAUGUAAACUUCCAUUUUUAGAAUCAGAUGAACAGAUUUUAAGUUUAAAUAGUUAUAUAUUCAUGCUAAUAAUUCCUUAACUACCAGCAAAUUAUUGCAAAAAGCCUGAAUCUGUAAAUUUUAUUUAAGGCAGAAACAAGUAAUAAUCUGGUGUGUGUCAGAUGAUAAUGCCUUUUCUUCUGUACCCAUACUACUAUGUCUCAGAUACUUUCAAGAGCUUCCUGUAAGCCGUUUCCAGUGGUUCUAUGGUUUCCAGUGGUUCUAUGGUUCAGCUGUAUGUAGAGACUGGGUGUGAGGUCACAUGGAAAGAUAAUGCAUGGUGAGAAGCUAUGGUUUCAUAGGAUAUAUUAUAUAUUUAUAUGUUUAGGCCAUGGAUGAAUGUAUCACAGAAUGUUUUUGCGACAAUGUUUACUUAAGCUGUAACAAAACUGACUCAUUUUAUGGAAAAAAAGAAAAAAGCAUUGCUUUCCUUCAUGUGUGGGAGGGAGCCUAGAAUAUUAUUGCUUGCCCUGAAAAGAUUUUUUUUCUGUAUGUAUCUUUCAACAUGCUUUGGUUUUAUCAUUACUACAUUUUGUAUUUUCAAGCAAGUAUAAACAACUGCAAUAAAAAGAUGUAGGUUUUUAAAAA